AUGAAGCGUCAAGAGAUGAUAAGAAAAAAGCUAGUAGCACUAAUAUUGUGUAUAGGCUCAUCGAAUGACAGUGGUUCCAUCACCAAGCAAAGAGGGGGCCGCUGGCCUGGUGGGCUGCGCUUAAGCCAUGUUUCAGGUAUACACUAUUCGAUACAAGACCGGAUCACUCGGCAGCCGUACUACACCAGAUUGAUGACUACCAUCAAAAAAAGUCGGUAUACUCUAUCAAAGAGCAUCGCCGGCGCUUGGCUGGUGGCCGUCACCGCACAUGGCGAUUUCUCCAUCUACGACAAGAUCCACUACGCUAUGUAUACACGAGACGAGCGUGGCCGCCCCGACAUAUGA